CGUGUGGCGAUAUAUUUAGUUUUAACAAUGCGACACCUUGAAAUUUAAAGUAUGGUACAGCUAGUGCCAAUUUUUUUUCAAGCUCUAGUGUAUUUUAAGUUUUAACGACAUAUUCGUUUUGGUUGGUAACCUUGUUUCCAUUGCGCAAUUUGUUUUGUAUUUGACUUUGACAGAUAAAUAAGUGAUUUUGGAUUAUCCAGUUCAGUGUAUCAGUAUAAUCAGUCAACGAGAUUAAAACAAAGAAAUAGCUUUGCUGCUUUGGGUAUUCCUUUUAUAUCAUGCUUUUGUUACAAUGGAUGUGUUGAACGCGGUUUAUGACUUAAACAGUGGAAUUUUUGAAGCAGCUUUCAAGGCAACUUGGCUGGAAGAUGUGCUCACACAUUUUGUGUCUCAUGAACCGUACCAGGUCCUGCCUGUUCUCCUGGCGGGUCUUUUAGCCAUAAUAAUUUCUGUAACAUAUUUUUGUAUUCGAAAAUGUCAUCGAAAAGCUCUUUUUGCUCGAGAAUUAAAGUCUCAAGAACAAGGCACACGUUUCAGGAAAAGAGACAAGGCGUUAUUUUAUGGCCGAAAAAUGUUGCGUAAAGUUAAAAAUAUUUCAGGUCAAGUUAGAAAUUCAGGCCAGGGUAGAAAAAGAAAAAUGGUAAUGAAAUUCGCUCGGAGGAUACUGCAGCUAAAGAAGGAAACGGAUACAGAACAACUGAAGGUUUUGGAACCUCCAGUUGAAUAUUUGCAAGAAGAGAUGUUGAGUGACGAUAGAAUGCCACCAGAUGCAUUAUAUAUGUUACAGAGUAUUCGAGUUUUUGGACAUUUUGAGAAACCAGUUUUUUUGAAACUUUGUAAACAUACGGAAAUUAUUAAUAUUGAUGCUGGAGCUUAUUUGUUUAGAAUAGGUGAUUCCGACGAAAACGUAUACAUAGUUCAAAGUGGCAAACUCAAUGUUUUUAUAACUUCAAACGACAGCACAAACUUAUCACUUAAAAUAGUAAAACCAGGAGAAUCUGUUACGUCUCUUCUUAGUUUUACUGAUGUCUUAACUGGUUACACAAAUCCUUACAAAACUGUUUCAGCCAAAGCAGUUGAAGACUCGACAAUAGUUAAACUACCAAUGUCCGCAUUCCAAGAAAUUUUCCGUGAAUAUCCAGAUAUUUUCAUUCGUGUGGUACAAGUAAUUAUGGUACGCUUGCAACGCGUUACUUUCACAGCGCUUCAUCAGUAUCUUGGACUGAGUGCUGAACUAGUCAAACAAGGACCAAAAACCAAAAACAGUAAAAAUCCGUUAGCUACAAAUUCUCCAAUGAAAAAAAAACGCGAAGAAGUAAAAGAAACUUUUAGUUCCGUAGAUAACGCAUCGCAACCAAUCCCAGUUCCUGGACAUAGAAGAAGUAGGUCCAGCUUGGAUUCAAAGUCUUUUUCACCAAAUACCCCAGAUAUGGUUGCUGACGCAGAAACAGCAACAGCAAAUGUGACUCCUGACGUCGCGAAUUUGCAAAAAAAGAGACACUCCGUUGAUAACAUUGACGAAGAUACUCUGAUUGAAAUUGCAACUGACGCGUUUGUUAAGGAAUUGGGACUCGAAGAUGAUGAUAUGUUGAAAGGAAAAAUUGAAAUUAGAGAAGUUGCUGCUGGUACUUACUUAAUGAAAGAAUAUUCUAACAAAGACAUUGCUCUAGUCUUCGUUAUUUCUGGAGCCUUAAUGGUAUCUCAAAAAGUGACGGAAGGAGAUGAUGAAGUUCACAUGUUUACAGCUUACCAUGGAGAAUUUGUUGGAGGUCUUGCUGUAUUAACGGGCGAACCAAGUUUCUUCACAAUCAGGGCUAAACACUUCACCCGAAUUGCUUUACUUUCGAAAAACGCAUUCUAUGGAAUGAUGAAAGAUCACCCAAAUAUCGUCCUUUACGUCGCACAUUCAGUUGUUCAGAGGCUGUCACCUUUUGUCCGUCAGGUAGAUUUUGCUCUAGAUUGGUUGUUUAUAGAGUCGGGACGUGCGGUGUAUCGACAAGACGACGAAAGCGACUCUACGUAUAUUGUUUUGUCUGGUCGCUUGAGGUCUGUAAUUACUCAUAAAAAUGGUAAAAAGGAAUUGGUUGGUGAAUACGGCAAAGGUGACCUUAUUGGAGUGGUGGAAAUGGUAACGCAUACUAAAAGGAGUACAACUGUGAUUGCUGUGAGAGACUCUGAACUGGCUAAACUACCAGAAGGGCUGUUUAAUGCCAUAAAGUUAAAGUACCCUAUUGUUGUCACAAGACUGAUUAAUUUGUUAGGACAUAGGAUUCUAGGUUCUUGGAAAAAGCCUAGCAUAACCAUGAACACCCCUAGCAGUUCGGCAGUAGACAGCCGCCCUUCGCAAAUGAACUUUUCAACAGUAGCAAUAGUGGCCGCUUCCGACGAUGUACCAUUAACGGCCUUUACAUACGAACUGUAUCAUUGUUUAUGUGCCAUUGGACCAACAUUAAGACUGACUUCGGACAUAAUCCGUAAAAUUUUGGGUCCUUCGAUAAUGGAUCCCAACAACGAAUAUCGCUUAACAUCAUGGUUGGCUCAACAAGAAGACCAACAUAAAAUUUCAUUGUACCAAUGCGAUUUAACAGUCAGCGUUUGGACGCAAAGGUGUAUUCGACAAGCGGAUUGUAUUUUAAUUGUUGGUUUGGGUGAAAACCAUCCAAGUUUAGGAAAAGUGGAAAAGGAAGUGGAGAGGUUAGCUAUGAGAACUCAGAAGGAACUAAUUUUGUUACAUAGAGAAGACGGUAAACCACAUAAUACGGUUGGUUGGAUCAAUAUGAGGAGUUGGGUGUCAUCGCAUCAUCAUAUCUUGAGCCCCAAUAGAAUGUUUUCGAGAAAAUCUCUGUAUAGAAUAAAUGAACUAUAUUCAAAAGUGUGUCAAUCGGAACCCAACAUUCACUCGGACUUUUCCCGGUUAGCAAGGUGGUUAACGGGUAAGUCAGUCGGACUCGUUUUAGGAGGAGGCGGAGCUAGAGGUUCCGCCCACGUCGGUAUGAUCAAAGCAAUUCAAGAAGCAGGAAUACCUAUAGACAUGGUGGGCGGCGUCAGUAUAGGUGCAUUCAUGGGAGCUUUGUGGUGCCGUGAAAGAAACAUCACCACUGUAACACAAAAGGCGAGAGAGUGGUCUAAGAAAAUGACGCAAUGGUGGCGCCAAAUUCUGGAUUUGACCUACCCAAUGACGUCGAUGUUUAGCGGUCGUGAUUUCAACCAAACUAUUAAGGCUACAUUUGGAGACACGUACAUAGAAGAUCUCUGGUUACCAUAUUUCACAGUUACUACAGAUAUAACAGCAUCUUGUAUGAGACUACACUCCCACGGUCAUUUGUGGAGAUAUGUGAGGGCCAGUAUGUCAAUUGUUGGCAUUUUUCCGCCACUCUGUGAUCCUUUAGAUGGACAUUUGUUAGCUGAUGGGUGUUACGUCAAUAAUGUACCAGCUGACGUCAUGCGAGGUCUUGGUGCUAACCACAUCUUAGCUAUCGAUGUUGGUUCAGUUGAUGACCAAGAUCUUACUAAUUAUGGUGAUGAUUUAUCUGGAUGGUGGCUUUUGUGGAAACGUUGGAAUCCAUUUACCAAUCCAGUUAAAGUACCAAAUUUGCCUGAUAUACAAUCUAGACUUGCAUAUGUGAGUUGUGUGAGACAGUUGGAAGAAGUAAAAAGCAGUGAUUAUUGUGAAUACAUCCGUCCCCCUAUCGACAAAUACAAAACCUUGCAAUUUGGAAGUUUUGAUGAAAUUCGCGAAGUCGGAUAUCAGCACGGAAAAUCGUAUUUUGAGGAGAAGUUAAAAGCGGGCAACUUUCCAAUCUUCAAGUCUACAACUGUACCAGGGAAGGAUUCUGAGAAUAUACUUUCAGAAUAUACUUUCACAGAUUUAGCACAAAUGGUGUGUAAAGUAUCAAGGCCGUAUGAGGAGUCGUCCAGUUCGAAUUCGUCGGAUGAUGAAUAUGAAGAUGGUCACGACGGUUAUGCCUCAGAACCGACAGUUUGUCUGAUGGAUAGUACAGAUAAGAUGCUGCACAUGAGGAGAGCAGGCGGUUCUCUUUCAUUGUCCGAAAAUGAAAUUGAAUCAGAAGUUGAAUUUGAUAUGCAACAUAGAAAAAGCGAAAAGGAGUUACGUUUUUCUAGUCUCUAGUACUUUGAAAUUGUCAUUGUAUAUAAACUUUAGUUGUUAUUCUAGAUCAUUUAAGGCGGACGAUCAUUUUGUCACUUGUUUCUUCAUUCAGAAAAUCAAAAGACUAGUAUUCAUAUUAUUGAUAAUCAUAGAGUAGUAAUAGUAUAAUAUAAUGUAAGAAUUGCUAACCUGAAAUAAUUGCCUAUGGAAUUUUCGCGCCCAUAUUAUCCGUGAUGACGUGAUCUCUAUAUUUUUUUAAAGAUAAUAAAAAAAUUAUUACACUUA